GACGGAGGCCCGGGCCCCCCCACGCCGUGCACCAGACUCUCUCCCAGCCGCUUGACCUACACACGGGUAUAUGGGAUGGAAGCGGGACCCUCGGGAGCAGCUGCAGGCACCUACCUGCCCCCCCUGCAGCAGGUGUUCCAGGCCCCGAGACGGCCUGGGAUAGGCACCGUAGGCAAGCCCAUCAAGCUCUUGGCCAACUAUUUCGAGGUAGACAUCCCCAAGAUCGACGUCUACCACUAUGAAGUGGACAUCAAACCGGACAAGUGUCCCCGCAGAGUCAACAGAGAGGUGGUGGAGUAUAUGGUUCAGCACUUCAAGCCACAGAUUUUUGGUGACCGGAAACCUGUCUAUGAUGGGAAGAAGAACAUCUACACAGUUACUGCCUUGCCCAUUGGCAAUGAAAGGGUGGACUUCGAGGUGACAAUCCCUGGUGAAGGGAAGGAUCGGAUCUUCAAGGUCUCCAUCAAAUGGAUGGCCAUUGUCAGCUGGCGUAUGCUUCACGAGGCCCUGGUCAGUGGCCAGAUCCCUGUCCCCCUGGAGUCUGUGCAGGCCCUGGAUGUGGCCAUGAGGCAUCUGGCAUCUAUGAGGUACACCCCUGUUGGCCGUUCCUUCUUCUCUCCCCCUGAGGGAUACUACCACCCUCUGGGGGGUGGGCGUGAAGUCUGGUUUGGCUUUCACCAGUCUGUACGGCCAGCCAUGUGGAAAAUGAUGUUGAAUAUUGAUGUUUCGGCCACAGCUUUCUACAAAGCACAGCCAGUAAUUGAGUUCAUGUGUGAGGUGCUUGACAUAAGAAACAUCGAUGAGCAGCCCAAGCCACUCACUGACUCCCAAAGAGUUCGAUUCACCAAGGAAAUCAAAGGCCUGAAGGUGGAGGUGACCCAUUGUGGGCAGAUGAAGAGGAAAUACCGAGUGUGUAACGUCACCCGCCGGCCUGCCAGCCACCAGACGUUUCCCUUGCAGUUGGAGAGUGGACAGACAGUAGAGUGCACUGUGGCUCAGUAUUUCAAGCAGAAGUACAACCUACAACUUAAGUACCCCCACCUGCCAUGCCUGCAGGUUGGCCAGGAACAAAAACAUACCUACCUGCCUUUGGAGGUCUGUAACAUUGUGGCUGGACAGCGCUGUAUCAAGAAGCUGACGGACAAUCAGACUUCAACCAUGAUCAAAGCUACUGCAAGGUCAGCCCCGGACAGGCAGGAGGAGAUUAGCCGCCUGAUGAAGAAUGCCAGCUACAAUCUAGACCCCUACAUACAGGAGUUUGGGAUCAAAGUGAGAGACGACAUGACAGAAGUGACCGGCCGAGUGCUCCCAGCUCCAAUCCUGCAGUAUGGCGGACGGAACCGAGCCAUCGCCACACCCAACCAAGGUGUAUGGGACAUGCGAGGAAAGCAGUUCUACAAUGGAAUUGAGAUCAAAGUCUGGGCCAUUGCCUGCUUUGCACCCCAAAAGCAGUGUCGGGAGGAGGUGCUGAAGAACUUCACAGACCAGCUCCGUAAGAUUUCCAAGGAUGCAGGGAUGCCCAUCCAGGGCCAGCCUUGUUUCUGCAAAUACGCGCAGGGUGCAGACAGCGUGGAGCCCAUGUUCCGGCAUCUCAAGAACACCUACUCGGGACUGCAGCUCAUCAUUGUUAUCCUGCCCGGGAAGACGCCUGUGUAUGCGGAGGUAAAGCGUGUAGGGGACACCCUGCUAGGCAUGGCCACUCAGUGUGUGCAAGUGAAGAAUGUGGUGAAGACAUCUCCCCAGACUCUGUCCAAUCUCUGUCUCAAAAUCAACGUCAAGCUUGGAGGAAUCAACAACAUCCUAGUCCCUCAUCAGCGCUCAGCUGUCUUUCAGCAGCCUGUCAUAUUCCUGGGAGCAGAUGUCACACAUCCUCCAGCCGGGGAUGGGAAAAAGCCCUCCAUCACAGCUGUGGUCGGCAGCAUGGAUGCUCACCCAAGUCGUUACUGUGCGACAGUUCGAGUCCAGCGACCCAGACAGGAGAUCAUCGAGGAUCUGUCGUACAUGGUGCGGGAGCUGCUCAUACAGUUCUACAAAUCCACCCGAUUUAAACCCACCCGCAUUAUCUUCUACCGAGAUGGUGUCCCUGAGGGUCAGCUCCCACAGAUCCUCCACUAUGAGCUGCUGGCCAUCCGUGAUGCCUGCAUCAAGCUGGAGAAGGACUAUCAACCUGGGAUCACUUAUAUUGUGGUCCAGAAGCGCCACCACACUCGCCUUUUCUGUGCUGACAAGAAUGAAAGAAUUGGAAAGAGUGGAAAUAUCCCAGCAGGUACCACCGUGGACACCAACAUCACUCAUCCAUUUGAAUUUGACUUCUACCUGUGUAGCCAUGCAGGCAUCCAGGGCACAAGCCGACCAUCCCACUACUAUGUCCUCUGGGAUGACAACCGAUUCACAGCAGAUGAGCUGCAGAUCCUGACCUACCAGCUAUGUCACACUUACGUGCGCUGUACACGCUCCGUCUCCAUCCCAGCACCUGCCUACUAUGCUCGCCUCGUGGCUUUCCGGGCACGCUAUCACCUGGUGGAUAAAGAGCAUGACAGCGGCGAGGGGAGCCACAUAUCGGGACAGAGCAAUGGACGGGAUCCCCAGGCCCUGGCCAAGGCUGUGCAGGUUCACCAGGACACUUUGCGCACCAUGUACUUUGCUUGAAAGGCAGAACGCUGUUACCUCACUGGAAAGAAGAAAGCUUUCAGAGCCCAAGGAGCCAUACAGAUGGAAGGAAUCCCAAGGAAGAGGAA